UCGCUAACUGUACUAUCUUUACCAUUACAAAAGCAAUACUCACGAACGUCAGUGAAGUGAUACAUUUUCGUGGACUGUUAUUUCCAUUGGACUACUUUCAGCUUCAGGAUUCACGGACAUGCUGUACGUUCGACGAUAAUAUUCGUAAUAAUAUCGAGUGCUUUAAAUAUGUGAAAAUGUGCCGAUAAACUGUGUAUAAGUUCGAAUAUUCAAUGGCAUCCGAUGUGAUACUAACAGCACUCUUGUUAUGGCUGAUGCCAACCCUGCUGUCUGCAGGAGUAGUGAAGCGACAGGCAGAAGAUGAGCAGGACCUAGAAGACCAGCCGUGUCGAACGUAUACCUUGAACGGUCUACUGCAUCUAGACUGUGCUAAUAGAGGACUUAAGGAUUUACCUGAUGACUUGGACUACAGUGCCCAAGUGUUGCUGUUAUCGAACAACAACUUCAGGACAUUUCCGCCACAACUACAAAAUUUUUCUCGAGUGGAAACGCUCGACUUAUCAAGAAACUAUCUAAGUCAUACCAUUCCCAACUAUUUACAAGACUGGGACACUUUACAAACCCUGAAUUUAUCCAACAAUUUAUACGAUACUUGGAUAAGCAAUGGACGAAAAUAUUCAAUUAAAAAUCUAGAUUUAUCGAAGAACAAAAUAAACGCCAUAGAUGACAGAUCAUUUACCACAAUGCCAAACUUACAUUUCCUCGACUUAUCGGAGAACAGAAUUAACGAUUUGCCGCCUGGAUUCUCUGAAAGCAACUUAGACAGUCUCAUUUUAUCCAGAAAUUACUUUUCCGAUGUGCCCGCUUUCCAAUCUCCUUCUUUGCGAAGUCUACACUUGAGCAGCUGUCAAAUCGCAAAUUUAAACGUCGAUUCUCUUAUUGGAAUGGGUUCGCUCGUGGAAAUCGACUUGUCUAUAAAUCAGCUCGAAGAGAUCCCUGACAACCUCGCUUCGUACACAUUGCAAGAGCUAAAUUUAAGUUACAAUUCAAUAAAUUCGUUGACGGAUAGCAGCUUCUCGUCGCUACCGCAUCUGGCGGUACUAGAUUUGAGAGGAAAUGAGUUUAGAGAUGUAUGGUCAACCUCACACUUUUCUUCAAAUCCAUUUUUGAGGGAAGUCUACGUGAAGGGGAACCGUUGGAGUUGUGAGGGUUUCAGCGUCAAUCUUUUGCUGACGUAUGAAUUUCUGACGAAGGAACCGUCUAAAAUCGUUGACAGAGAGUCUUUGAUUUGUUAUACUCCAUCGAAUGUAACGCAGUUGAGUUGGCAGCAGGCGUACAUUCGCACGUGGCACCCGGUGGAGGUGAGCACUCCUUCGUUCACGACCAUAGCAUUGAUGGUAGGUGUUAUUAUCGGCAUAGUAAUAACAUCUUGCGUCUGUCGCGGUCUGGUGGCUGUCACUUCGGAACCGUCGAGGCCACCCCCAGAGACUACACAAUUGAAUCUCAACGGUUCGGCUGGCCAGCCUAGAGUCGAGUCAGUAAUAUUGCGGGUACCUCUACGUGAGGAUCUUCCACCGACGUACGAUGAAGCGCUACUGAUGCCACGCUUGAAUUCAUCUUUCCAUUCUCUGCCAGACUUUGUAGACGAGGAAGAACCAAGAAACUACCGCAGAUCUAGAUCCAUUGGUGAUCUAACAGAACACAGACCACGAUUGGGUGAUAGACGAUCUAUGAGGCGUCCUAUUGAAAUACACACCAGGAUAGCCAUUGAUGAGUAGAAGCAUGUCGCAGUUUGAAUACACAAUCAAAUCAACGCAUGAUGUUUCAAGAGACAAUAUUAUCUUGGACCAUCUCGCUCUGGGCCCAUAUAGUUGUGGCUUAGCUUGGAUAGACCAUUGCCUGAGUUUUUUGGACUUUCUCGUACGUCACGAAGUUAGUGGAUUUUGGGGUUUGACGGUCAAUUUAAAAAAAAAUGAUUUUGUAAGAAACUAACUAUGAUUUUAUUUUCUAACAAAAGACUUGCCAAUAGUUUUAAGUAAGUAUUGAUAAACGCAAAGUAGGUUUAUUUUUUAAGACACCUGUACAUAUGUUUUAUAAUGUUAUUAAACUAGGUUUAAUUGAA